CGUCCGCCGCGCCUUUCCGCCGGGCUGCACGUUGCAGUUCCUAUCUGUCCCCAUAUAAUCUGGUUUACCCUGAGUCCCAAUGAAGGUGAACGGGUCACCUGGUUCUCUGUUUACCUGAGACACCUGUACCGCUGCUGGUAGCACACACAUCCCGCCCUCAGACCGACAGAGGACGACGGUCCGGCCGCUACAAGGAUGAAGGGCCUCCCCGUGCUGUCCCUGCUGCUCUGGAUGAGCUCCGUGUUCUUUGUGGGCCUCUACCUGUUCGUGGGCGGCUUCCUGCUGGUGAGGCUGGAGGUGAACCGGACCAGCGGCUGUGAGGACGUCCUCCAUCCUGGCCAGGAUCCAGUGGACUUCUGCUGGGCUCGGCCUCGGUUCCGCCGGGCGGUGCUGCUCAUCAUCGACGCCCUGAAGAUCGACUUCGCCCGGUUCGAUCCCAACAACACGACACCUCGACCAUACCAGAAUAAGCUCCCCGUGCUGCAGGAGACGGCCUCCUCCAGGCCUCUCCAGAGCCGCCUGUAUCCCUUCAGGGCCGACCCCCCAACCACCACCAUGCAGAGGAUCAAGGGCUUCACCACCGGAUCCCUGCCCACCUUCGUGGAUGUGGGGAAUAACUUUGCAUCCAGCGCCAUCCUGGAGGACAACUUGAUCCACCAGCUGGGGAAAGAGGGUAAACGGGUGGUGUUUAUGGGCGACGACACCUGGGAGAAUCUUUUCCCCAAGAAGUUCCACCGCUCUCUGCCCUUCCCUUCUUUCAAUGUGAAGGAUCUGCACACCGUGGAUAACGGGAUCCUGCAGCACCUCUACAACACGAUAAUAGGUGAUGACUGGGAUGUCCUGGUGGCUCAUUUCCUGGGAGUGGAUCACUGUGGUCACAGGUUUGGACCCGACCACCCGGCCAUGGCUGACAAGCUCACCCAGAUGGAUGGAGUAAUCAGGUCAGUGAUGGACCGUCUGCAGAACGACACCCUCCUGGUGGUGAUGGGAGAUCACGGCAUGACGGACUCUGGAGAUCACGGUGGAGAGAGUCAGAAAGAGACGGAUGCUGCUAUCUUCCUCUACAGUCCUUCCCCCAUCUUUCCUGGACCCCCGACACAGAAUGAACCAGAUGUGGUUCCUCAGACCGACCUGGUUCCCACCCUGGCUCUACUGCUGGGGGUUCCCAUCCCCUACAGCAGCGUGGGCCAGGUUCUCCUGCCGUUAUUUCCUCCUCAUGGGCAGACAGAAGGUGCAGUUAGAGGUCUCAGCCAGCUGGAGGCACUGUGGAUCAAUGCUAAACAGGUCAACCGUUUCCUGGAGACCUACUCUGGCAUGGCCAAAGACAUCCCACCAGAGAGCCUCCUCCAGCUGAAAGACCAGUUUUCCCGCCUCUCCUCUGAGUACCUCAGCUCGGUUGGAGAAGGUCGGUCCCCCUCCCAGCAGCUGGCCUCCUCUCUGCAGGCCUACCUGACCUCCGUCAGAGACACCUGCCGAUCCACCUGGGCCCAGUUCAACCCCCUGAAGAUGGCAGCGGGACUGUCCAUCCUGGCGUUGGCCUGCCUGAUGUGUUUCCUGCUGUCUGAGCUGUCUGUGGUUCUGGUCAGGGAGGACGACGGUGGGCUGAAGGUCCUGGUUGUGGCGGCGCUAGCAGCAGGAGUUGGAGUGGCUGCUGCUCAGCUGCUCUCACAGGGCUACAUGGAGCUGACCUGGUGUCUGGCAGCUGGAGCCUUCAGCUCUGAGCUUCUCUUCUUCUGGAGAGCUCGUCGACUCGGCAGCCCCGCCGUGUCCAAGAACGGGACUAAAGGUCCUAAGAGCGGCGGCUGGCUGACCCCCCGGCGCCUCCUCAUCCCUCCUCUGCUGGUGCCUCUGCUCCGCUGUGCCUCCCUGCUCUCUGACAGCUACGUGAUCGCUGAAGGUCGGGUGGUGACCUUCCUGCUCUUCUCUCUGGCCCUCUACAUUCCCGUCCAUCUCAACUGGGAUGGCCUUCUUCUGCCUCCCAGCCACGACCCUCUGAAGUCUGCAGGCCUGCUGCCUUCUCCGGCCUUGUCUCCGUCCACUGUGAGGAAGGAAAGCAGCGUCCUCCUGAGCUGCCUGGGCCUCUUGGUGGGCAGCCUCUACCUGUCCCUGUCCUUCCACGGCUGUCGAGAAGAGCAGGGCUCCUGUCAGCCGUCGGCCUUCCUGUCUCCUCUGUCCCGGUUCCAGGACAGCCAGCUGAAGAACAUCCACUAUGUCCUCUCUGUGGUCUCCCUGGGCCUGUGGACGUAUCUGCUGAGACGUUGUCUCUGCCACUACGGUAAUCUGAACUCGUCCGGUGGGGCGGUGUUCACGGCUCGCUGGGUGCUGCCCCUGCUGUCGGUGUGCCUGGGGCUGCACUGGGCCGUUAGUGCCACUCCAGAGGACAGCUUCAGGAAUCUGGGCGAGCUGAUCCGCCUGGCUCAGCUAGCCCUCCCCAGGGCCGCCUUCUGCCUCCUGGGCCUGGGGCUGGCCCUGAUCUGGCUGGACCCCCUCACCGUGUUUGUGAAGACCAGGGCAGCGGCUUCAUCCAGGAGCUCCUCUCUGCCCCCUCCCCGCUACCGGGCCAGCACCGGCAUCAGCCCCCAGGCCGAGCUGCACCACCUCAUCCCCCAGAUCUACCAGCGCAUGCGCCGGUCUCUGGACGACGGAGAGUUGAGCGGGGGCGGCGAGGCGGGUGGCAGACCCAUGGUGGAGGCCUAUGGGCUGGGCAGCGUCUACUCCGCCCCACUGCUGCUGUUCUGGGGUCUGCUGGGCGUCGGGCUGCUGCUGCUGCAUCCGGAGGGCAUGGCGCUGGCCUUCCUCCUGCUGCUGCUGGAGAUGGGAGCUCUGCUGCACAUCCACGCCUCCUCCUCCACCCUGAGGGGUCUGCAUGGAGCCUGUUCUGGUGGUUUCACCGUUCCCUGGACUCCAGUUGUCCUCUGGUCUCUGGCUGCCACCCAGUUCUUCCACGCCACCGGCCACCUGCCCACCUUCCCCUCCAUCCAGUGGGGCGCUGCCUUCGUGGGAUUCCCUGACGGACACACAGGAACUGUCCUGCCGGCCUCCCUGGUCACCCUCAACACCUUUGCCUCACAUAUCCUGUUCGCAGUGGGCUGUCCGUUGCUGCUGUUCUGGCCUCUGGUGUGUGAAGUCCGAGGAGGAAGAGGAGGACGAGGCUGUGGGGAGGAAGGAGAAGACGCUGUGAUGGAGAUGAGGCUGAGAGAAAACCCUCAACAGUUCAGCUCUGCUCUUCUCCAGCUGUCAACACGCUACCUCUUUAUUCACGGAACACAGGUCUUUGCUUCCGUCUGUGCAGCUGCUAUCCUCAGGAGACACCUAAUGGUGUGGAAGGUUUUCGCACCCAAGUUAAUGUUUGAGGCCUCGGGGUUCCUGGUGAGCAGCAUUUUCCUGCUGAUCGGGGUCUCGUUGGUGCUGAGAGUGGACCUGUCCGUGGGCCGCUGGUUUCAGAGACUCAUCCCAGAAUCAUCCAGGUAGCGACGGCUGCUUUUCCAGCCGAGUCCACCAGAGCUCACUGUGCCGCAGAGGAUCAGAUGUGGAGGGAACUGGAGAGGAUUCUAGUGAUGUGGAUCCAACCAACAUGUGAGGCUGCCUCUGACUCUGAGGGCCACGCUGGGAUUCUGACUCUGAGGGACUUCAGGACGUCUGAACGUUGGGACUUUUUCUAGUGUUUCUGAUUAAAGCGCCUCAUAGAUCACUGGGGUCAGAGAGAAAACAGCAGAUUCUGAAUGUUUUCCUGCACUGAUAGAUGAAGCAGUCUGUCUAGCAGGAGAUUCAUAGAGUCUAAAAGCUUCACUAAACACACAGUUUACAGUCUACUGGCCUGUUCCAGCUGGUUAAAACCUCAGCAUUUAAAUAAAUCUGGCCUUUAAUGUUUUCUACCUGAGGCUGCAGGACAUUCAUCAUGUCUUCUUUCUAAUGCAGGACUUUAAAACUCUGAGUUUAUCCGACGACUGAACCGACUAUAACCUGAUAAAAGCAGCUAUAAAAUACAGAAAUCUGACCUUCAAGUUUCCACGUUAAUGAGAAAAUGAAGAUUUGGUGUCUUAUUGUUGAUCUGAAUCUGUUGAUCUGAGGCGUUUGGAGCUUCCUGAGGAUCAUCUGCUGCAGGUCUUCUCCAUCUGCUGAAUCCAUCCAAGUGCUUUACAGCGUCUUCAUGUGUCUGCUGAAGGAACUGUUGGGUUUUUUGUAUGGUUUUUAUGUUGAAAUGACCUCUAAAUCUGGUUACUGCCAAUUCAUAACACUGUGUCAUUAUUAAUGUUCUUUCAUUUUUCUAACACAUGCUUCUAAUUAACAUUAAAUCACUGAUGUUUUCUAAUUAGACUUCUACACCAGAACAGGUGCCUAGCUUUAACAAUGCCUUUUUCUGUCAUUAAGUUACCAGGAUCAUUAAAUCGUCCAGAAACGCCGUCAGACAAUUUAUUAAAGAUCAGUUGUUGUUCUGCAGCUGAAGCUAAUCAGCUAAGACGUUAUGGCAGUGAAUCCUCAGCUCGUAAAAGAGCGACAGCUGCCGCUCCGUCAGCCCGACUGAAUGAUGACGUUAGUUUUUCUGUUUUCAAAGUGUUUAAUAUAUGAAUAACCGGUUAAUUAAAAUGAUUUUACAUUCUGUGACAAAUGGAAUAAAACUUUUCUACUCGA